UGGCAGCAGCAGCAGCAACGAACUGACGUGUGGCUUGGAAGCGGCUGCCACUACUAACAACUGGCUCCUAAGACGCUGCUGCUAGUGUGGUGGUGUGGAAAAGCGAGCGACUGUCAAGCGCUCAGUGUGCGAAAGUUCCGAAUUCGAACGAACUGCCCGUCCUGGAUAUCGCACGAGGAAAGCUGUAGUGUCGGCUGUUGUAAAUAGCUUGUUUGGUGGACAGAUUUGUGUCGCCGACAACGAUGACGAACUCGGAUUUCGGCAACCCCCUGCGCAAGUUCAAGCUCGUGUUCCUCGGUGAACAGAGCGUCGGCAAAACGUCGUUGAUCACACGUUUCAUGUACGACUCGUUCGACAAUACUUACCAGGCAACGAUCGGCAUCGACUUCCUGUCAAAAACCAUGUACCUCGAAGACCGCACAGUGCGCCUACAGCUAUGGGACACCGCCGGUCAGGAGCGUUUUCGCUCAUUGAUCCCAUCCUAUAUUCGGGACUCGACGGUAGCCGUCGUCGUCUACGAUAUCACCAACGCGAAUUCAUUCCAUCAGACCUCGAAGUGGAUCGAUGACGUGCGCACGGAGCGGGGCACCGACGUUAUAAUCAUGCUUGUCGGGAACAAGACCGACCUGUCGGAAAAACGACAGGUCAGCACCGAGGACGGUGAGAAGAAAGCCAAGGAGCUUCAAGUUAUGUUCAUAGAAACCUCAGCCAAAUCCGGCUACAACGUCAAGCAACUGUUCCGACGAGUGGCCAACGCUUUACCCGGUAUGGAAAACACGGAACGAAGCAAGCAGGACAUCGUCGACGUAGAUCUUAAGGACGGCCCCAUCGAACAACCGAAGGAGGACGGGGGAUGCGCCUGCUAAGCACUCGUUUGAGGCCAUCCUCAGCAGAGGGUACACGACCCAUAGCGGAGGCAAAAACAACGUGACUUCGCCGUCGCUGUGAUAGUUGGAGGCAGGAAGAUCGGCCCGCUGCAGUGGCUGACUUGUCUUGUUCAUCUUGUCAACAGUCAACUUCGGUGUGUGUGGUGCGUGCCUGAAUGUAAAUACAAACUUCACAAUAAAUUCUCUCACAG